AUGGGCGCGGCCCGUGGUAUUGAUGAGGUUUUGAUCUCUGCAUACUUCGCAAGUUGGGGAAGCGGUCUUCAUAUCGACAAGAACAGCUAUAACUCAUGGGUGAUGCCAACAUCCCUUCACCUCAUCUUUGCCGGUCUCAUCCUCAUUCUCUCCUUCCUCAAUUAUGAAUCUCCCCGCUUUCUUGUCAAAAAAGGGAACCGAGAGCACGCAAUUGCUAACCUCUCUCGAGUCCGAAGGUUGCCUGCCGACGACGAACUCGUGGUGUUCGAGAUUAAUGAUAUCGAGCGUCAGCCUGCUGAGGAACAGGAAGCCACUAGGGGCCAAGGAUUCUAUGGUUAUUGGCGGGAGAUGUUUUGCAUGCCGAACAAUUUCCAUCGCAUCUACCUCGGUCUUCGAACGCAACUUCUCGGUCAGUGGUCGGGGGCUCAGAGUAUCACAAUUUACGCUCCGGACAUGUUUGCCUUGCUGGGAACCACGGGAGAAAAGUGA